ACUCACCUGUCGAAAAUACCUGGACACACACACGGUCUAUACUUCAGCGCAGGUGUAUUAACAUGUCAUUACGACUUGUCGUGUAGCGCAGUGUGUGUGUAUGAGUGUGUGUGAGUGUGUGUACAGUAAAGCUUCUUCCUCGCGCUCUCCGGUUCCUGUAUGUACCCAUGGCGGCGACGAGGCGCGCGCAGCGGACUAAAACCCAGUUGCCCUUCUGCUACUACGAGGGAUUUCUGGAGAAGAGGUCGUUUAAAGAUAAAAUAAGUCGCAGGCUUUGGGCUUCAUUGUGUGGACGCUCCCUGUUCUUCUACAACAACAGCAAGGACAAUGAUUAUGUGGAUAAGCAGGAUCUAUCAAGCUUUAUCUCUCUGACUGACGACUGCAGUCACGAUCGCAAACUGGACGCGGCAAGAUUCCACCUGCGCUUAGAAGAUGACGACAUCUACCUCACGGCUCCCAGUUUAGAAGCUCGUGAGCUGUGGAAAGGCUUCAUCUACUCCGUGGUUAAGCUGGAAGUGCCCACCUCCCUCAACCUGCUGCCUGGUCAGAUUCACAUGCUGAGAGAAGCUGUGGACAAAGAGAUUGAGAGACUCAAAGACAUCGCUGAAAAUUCUGCGACCACACAAGCUUCCAUAACAGUAGCCACAACAGAACCUGGCGAUUAUCUGCCCGUACUGUCCGAAAUGCCAGCGUGCUUUCACAGAGUGUUGCGAGAAGAUGCUGAGAACCUUCUGGAAAAAAACAAAGAGAAAGGAAACCUGCUGCUCAGACCCAGCAGAGACGGAAACUCUUUCGCUGUUACAACUCGGCAGGACUUCGGCGGGCCGGUUUUCCGACAUUACCGAGUGACACGGAUUCCUGCCGGAGGAUUCGCCAUAGCUCUCGACAACCCAAUUACUUGCACUUCACUCCACGAUGUGAUAAACUAUCUGAUGUUGAAGACUGGAGGAGUUUUCAAGCCCUUGGUUCUGGAGCACACGUAUGAAGAAAGCAUCGUGUAUGUAGAAGACAAUAAGGAGAACGGAGAGCAGAGUGUGCGCUGUGCGUCCAGCAGCCCUGUAUCUGUCCCGACUCCUAAAUUGCCCCCCAAACCAGCUCCGAGGAAGAAAGUUUCUGAUCCAAAAGAGAGCAUCUACCUGAACUCGGAUGAGGAUUUCAGUGAAGAAGAAGCAUACGUCCCACCGCUUGCUUUGUCUAAGCCUCCAGGGAGGGGUUUGGUACACCAGACGUCCAUGCCUGACCUGCAGAUCGGUCCGGGCGGAGCUUUGCUUCCACCGACACGGCCGCGCAGUGCCACGGAGAACCCUGCGACAAAGCCAAGACGCUCGACCCCGCCCUUGGCUGUCGCAGAAAGUCUUUCUCAGAGUAUGGAUGAUCUUCUGUAUUUAUAACUGUGUUUUAAUGAAGAGCUAAAGCAAAAGGUGCUGUUGAGAGGUGUUUCAGACUGACCUUUGACCCCUGGCUGACCAGCUUGUCUUCAAAAAAAUAUAUAUGAAGGAACCAUUUUAGUGAAGAUCUCUGCAGAAUUGAGCCGUUUUGUCGUUUGUGUCAAAUAUCCGUCCACUCACAGCCAAGAAUGUAGGUGUUGGAGGAGAUUAAUGAGCUGUGUGUGUGUGUGUGUGUGUGAUGUCCAGCUGGCUCUGAAGCAUCUUGAAGAUUAACAGCUUAUUGAUCCCACACCAGUACUCAGUGUAAAUCAGGACGUAAGAAGUUAAAGCGUGUACUUGCCACAUUAGCGUCUGCCCCUAACGUCUGUUCUGACAGGAAAUCAGUGUAUAGCAUUUUAUUUGCUAAUCAAACUCUUCUGUAUAGCAUUAUUGCUAACCUUUUUGUUUUUCUUCCUCCUCCUCCUCCUCUUGCAUUUAAUGCCUUCUUUAUCACCUCGUGCCUUUUUAACAGUAUUGUAAUUCCGAGUAAAUAAACAGUGUCUUUUCAGCGACUGAAAAAAAGUCUUUUCAGCGAAUGAUCGAUGUCCGGUUGUGUUUGUAUAAGAUGGUGUAUGUAUCUUGUACUUAUUUCUAUGAG